GUUAAAAAUAUCAUUUUUGGAAAGAGAACUGAUGAAUAUCGCUAUGGAAACAUUGUCAAACGUAGAUGGUGUGAACAGUGAGGCAAUGGUAACCAUGGAAACUACCGGUACUGACAUAAUGAAGCCAGAACAGGAGGGAGAUAAAGAAAUUUCCAAAUUACUUGAUUCAGCAUCGCUGCAAGAUUCAGUUGUUGAUUCAGACUCAGGAGCAUCUUCCUAUUCAUAUUCAACUGGGGAUUCAGGUGCAUGGUAUUCUGUUAGCGAAGACGACGACGACAUGGGUAAAAACAAGAAGGGGUACAUGGUGUACUCCCCUGAUGAGUUCAAGGAGGAAUACCCACAAAUAGAAAAGAAAAAAAAGAAACGAAUAUUUCUGAGACGAAGGAAAAAAAAGAAGCGAGUGUCUGACAAUGGUGACGUGAGUGAGUGUAGUAUGUACAGUGAAUAUUCUCAUUAUACAAAUACCAGUUACCGUGACGAUGAAGAUAGAAACUCAUACAUGGAAGAGAAAAAAAUAAAUGCUAAUGAACGAGCUAUUGAUGUGCCUGAUUCGUUUAUCCAGAAGCUGACUGAAAAAGAUAUUAUUUUACGAUUGAAAAAAAGAAAUUCGGAAAUGGAGUAUAAUGUUGAAAAUGCUCAGAGAAUAGAGGGCAGUGGUCGUGAUGAUCAAGGGCAAGCUUCAAAUGAUGCUGUUCGGCGGACGACAGACAUUCGACUCGCUGUGCGGGCAGGUGCUGAGCAGCCACCAAAGAAACCACCAAGGGUGAAAUCAACAUGUAGUACUUCAGAACAAGAACAGAUUAUGAUAACACAACAGACUAAAUCAGUGCCUUCAUAUACCACACCUCCCCCAUCGUCAUCUUCUGAAGAGCAGAACGUCAAACCAACGGUAGCACCACAAACAAAACGAUCGCAUACUCCAAUCCCUCCUCCGAAACCUAAACGAUUGAGUCAGAUUGAAAGGGAACAACAAGAGAACACCAUCAUUGCUGAAGUUCAUGUUGAGCACACCAACAAUUUAUUAGCAAAAGAUGCUGAAAAGGAUGUGAAAAAAAGAGGAAUUGAGGAUGAUUUAAAAUUUAUGGAUGAUGUUGAUAUUCAGUUGAAUGAGUCUUUAACUAUAGAGAGCGUGUUGAAAGAAUUGGAUGAUUCAAUAUCACGCGCAUCGUCUGAACUUGAGAUGUAUUCGUUGCCUGGGGAACCACACUAUGCUGAAGAUGACAACCAUGCCAGAUUUGAUGAGAAAGAUGCUGCACCAACACGAAAAGCUAGUGAUAGCGAAUACACUCCAUUACUAGUGAAUAAUAAAUGUGAAAGUCAUGUAACAGAAUCAAAGAACAUUGCAUCAGAAAUGUCAAAUUCCACUGUACCUCGUAAAUCAUUUGAAGAAAUGAAACUACAGUCAACCGAGCAGAGCAUGUCAACCGAGCAGAGCAUGCACUGUAAUAUAGAAUCACAAACUCCAACUAUAAGAAGACCGCGUCGCAAAUCUUCCCGUGAUGGGUCACCAGAGACCAUGGACGAUGGAUCUGAUGAAGAGGAUGAUGAUGUUGGUAUCCAUGAUGAAGGAUACAGAAGAUCAACAUGGAUGUAUGUUGGCGAAAAUGAUGAAGUGUUUUCUGAUCGAUCAAACUUCAGUAGUGUUGCCGGUACGCCAAAGAGUCGAAGUGGAAAUGAUGAUGUGUUCUCGCGUGACAGAGUCGAACGUGGGUCCAUUGAUACAACCGCUUCUGAAGCAGAGUUUAACAUGUGUUAUAAAAGUAUCUCAAGAAGACGAAUAAUUAGAAGUGACUCAAUCCAAGAUUAUACCAGAUUAAGCCCAAAUGUUCGAGAAAGAACAGUGAUAAUAAACAAGAAAGAUGGUCAGUUUGGAUUUCGUAUUCAGUACAGCAGACCAGUUCGGGUCACAGGGGUGGAUGAAGGCGGAGCUGCAGAAGAUGCUGGUCUGCGUAUAGGAGAUGCUGUUUUAAAUUUAAAUGGUAAAGAUGUUGCCAUGGCGUCACACCACGAAGUUGUAAGAUAUGUACAAAGUGGUUCUGACACUGCUACAAUGGUUGUAGCUACAUGUGUUUCCAAUGCACUUAAUCUACCAAGUGACCAACCCAUAAUAUCUGGCUAUCUAUAUAAACAAGGAGGGAGUGGUCUAAAGCUGUGGAGAAAAAGAUAUUUUGUACUUAAACAUGACAACUGUCUGUACUACUAUAAAACUGAUAAGGAUAAGGAACCAAUUGGAGCUAUUAUUUUACCAAACUACACUGUGACAAAAGCCCAUGAUGUUGGUAAAGACUAUGCAUUCAAAUUAACAAAGUAUGGUGCCAAGACGUACUAUUUAUACGCAAAUGAUGACGAAGAAAUGUCAAG